AUGUGGAUCAAGCUUUGGGGCUCCGUUACAUCAUCCUGUACUCACAGAGUGCUGAUCGCUCUCAACGAACUUGGGAUCAAGUACAACUUGACUCAAGUUAACCUCAUGAAGGGAGAUCAGAACAUGAAAGAUCCCGCCUACAUUCAGGAACAACACCCCCUUGGCCGCAUACCCGUUAUUCUUCAUGGAGAUAUCCAACUCUUCGAAUCCCGAGCCAUCUGCCGCUACCUCGUCACCAAGUUUGGCGGUCCCUCUAGCUCGCUUGAUGCCGUCGUGAGCGGUGAUCCGGUAAAGAUUGGGAGCUUUGAGAAGGCUCUCAGUAUUGACUACUCGUACUUCGAUCCAUCCGUCAAGACAUUGUGCAACGAGAAGCUGUGGAAGGAGUAA